AUGUUAUAUGAUACUGCUAGAGGAAUGAGUUUUCUUCAUGAAAAUAAUAUUCUUCAUUUAGACCUUAAACCAGACAAUUUAUUAGUUAAUUCUUUAUUUGCUGAUUCUGCUUGUUGUGUAAAAAUUACUGAUUUUGGUACUUCAAGAUUUACCAAGAAAAAUAAUACAAACUCUGAUGAUAAAGGGCUUGGUACUCCAAUUUAUCUUGCUCCAGAAGCUUAUAGAGAUGAAUAUACUCCAGCAGGUGAUGUGUAUUCAUUUGCUAUUACUUCUUGGGAAAUUUUUUAUCAAGAUGAACCUUAUAAAGAAUUUAAAUCAUUAUUUGAAAUUAAACAAUAUGUUGAAGAAGGUAAAAGACUUAGAAUAGAUGAAACAAUGCCCUUAUUAUUAAAAAUAAUGAUUGAAUCUUGUUGGAAACAAAAUCCACAAGAUAGAAUUACUUUUGAUGAGAUUUGUCGCUCUUUAGUAAAGAUUAUUGAUGAUGCUCCAAAUCAUUUGAAUUUAGAUAGUGCUGUUGAUGAUGAAAAAAUUAAAGACUUUGUAACAUCAAGACAAACAAGAAUUCAAAAUAUGUUAGAUGAAUAUUAA